AUGUCUUUCUUUGAUGGUUCAUGUAGGCUUGGGUCUUCAUCUUUUAUAGCUUUAAACAGUUUACAUGAGCAUAAGUUAGAUUUACAGGCUUUAGUCACCUGCAAAGAUUUUGAAAAGGCCUUGAAAUUAGCAAAAGCAAGAGAGGUGAAGCUUAUUGUUUUGGAUGAAAGUUUUUGGAAAAAUUGUUCUAUGGUGAUGAAGAUAAUGACUCCAGUAUUGAGACUUUUGAGAAUUUGCGAUUCUAACGAAAAGCCUUCGUUAGGUUUUGUAUAUGAAGGUAUGGACAGGGUUAUCAAAGACAUUAAAGAGGUUUUUGAAAACAAAGAAGAUUUGUAUAUGCGUUACACAACUAUUAUUAAUAGUCGUUGGGAUAAUAUGUUGCGUAAAAGUCUUCAUUCGGCUGCUUAUUGGUUAAAUUCAAUGUUUCAAUUUGAUGAAGACAAUAAAGAUGCACUACGGGCAGCCUUUCGUGGAGUACUUGACCUGAUUGGGAAGAAGAAAAGUGAGGAUCCCAUAACUCUUACAUCGCAACUCUUUAAAUUUUGUGACCGAGUGGGUGAUUUUGGUAGACCAAUGGCAGUUGCUAGUUGUAAAGCGUUGUGUCCAGAUGAGUGGUGGAAAUUAUUUGGUGGUGAAGCUCCGGAGUUGCAGAGGUUUGCAGUUAGGAUUUUAAGUCAAACAUCCUCUUCGUCUGGGUGCGAGAGGAAUUGGAGUGUGUUUGAAAGAAUUCACACAAAAAGAAAAAACCGGUUAGAGCAUCAAAGACUAAUUGACUUGGUGUAUGUUCAUUAUAACUUGCGUCUACAAAACAGGAACAAAGGGAAUACAAUGUCAUAUGGCCCACUUGAUUAUGAAAAUAUUGAUAAAACUGAUAUUUGGGUGGUCAAUGAAGAAGCCGAAGGAGAAUUGGACUAUGAUGAAUUGGAAAGUAUGCUGGAUGAAGAGCCACCAAAAACCUCUGUCCCGUCUACUUCUGGCUGUGGUUCACAUAUUGACAUCUCUUGUAAGGGAAGUCCUUAA